CUUCCUGCUGUGGAUCAGACUGUAGCAGAUCAAUGUCAUGGGCUCCAAAACCCCAGAAGGACAUCAGCAAGGACCAGAUGGCAAUGGCCAAGUGGAGAAGCCGUGCGACUCGACUGCUGCCCGACCGCGAAAUGGCUCCAGCUCUGGAGAUCUGGACCGUGGUGUCGUUGGUGAGGAUGAAGAUGGCGACGAUGACGAUGGAGAAGCCGGGUUGAAAAUUGCUGGCACUCUGGAGAAGAAAAACAAGAAGAAGCGCAAAUCGCGCAAGAAGAAAAACAAAAUCGGACAGGGCAAUGACAGCGUUGGAGUCCAGACCUCACCUCCGACGAUCGAGCUCUCUGUCCUGUUUCCCUCCGACUCUUAUCCUGCUGGCGAACGUAUUACUUACGACAAUACAUCUCGCACAACCGCUGCCGAAAAUCGCUACAACGCUCGAAUCAAGGAUCAAGAUGAGACUUUUCUUCCAUCCUACCGCAAGGCUGCCGAGAUCCAUCGUCAAGUGCGUCAAUAUGUCCGAAAAUCCGUCAUCAAACCUGGCGUCACACUCCAGACCAUUGCCGAGAGCAUCGAGUCUGGAGUUCGCAAUCUGACAGGUCAGCAAGGCGUUUCGCCAGGCUCUGCCCUCGAAGCCGGUCUAGCAUUUCCAACAGGUCUCUGUCUUAACAAUGUUGCAGCACACUGGACUCCCAACCCCGGCGGUAAAGACAUUGCGCUGCAGUCCAACGACGUCUUGAGCGUAGACUUCGGUGUGCACGUCAAUGGUCGGAUCGUAGACUCCGCUUUCACAGUUGCGCUCGACCAUAAUGAGAGAUACGAUCCAUUGCUGGCAGCAGUCGGAGAGACGACGAACACCGGUCUUUCCCUUGCGUGUGUCGAUGCGAGGAUGCAAGACCUCGGAGCGGCGAUGCAGGAGGUGAUGGAGAGUUAUGAGGUCGUAGAGCAAGAUGGCAAAACACGACGCGUGAGAGCCAUGAAGAAUCUAUCCGGACACGACAUCCUACGAUACCAGAUUCAUGGUGAUAAACAAGUUCCGUUCGUGAAGAAUGAUAGUGAGCAGAAGAUGGAAGAGGGAGACAUCUUCGCGAUUGAGACUUUUGGAACUACUGGAAGAGGACACACUCGAGACGACAUCGGUGUCUACGGCUACGGACGACAGAAUGUUAAGGUCCACCCCCAGCACUUGCAAUUAAGCGCUCGAUCCCUUCUCAAGACCAUCGAUGAGAGUUUCGGGACUUUGGUCUUUUGCCGCCGAUAUCUAGAGCGCUUGGGAGUCAAGAACUAUCACUUCGGCAUGAAGCAACUGAUCGAUCAGGAGAUUGUGGAGUCCUAUGCUCCGCUGGUCGACGUCGAGGGCAGCCAUGUGGCACAGUUCGAGCAUACUGUCUUGAUUGGCGGAGCUGGCAAGGAAAUCAUCAGUCGCGGGGAGGAUUAUUGAGUCGCAGCCUCAAGGCCGGGUGCAGAGGAGAAGCCAUUGAAUGGUUGGAAUGGUCGGAGUGGAGGUGGCACAACUCUUUGUACAGGUAAGGUCGUCUGACAUGCCUUGGCUGGAAUACGGGAGAUGAUGCGGAAUGUGACUUAUUGGGAGUCCAUGUUAUGCGCGAUAGUCUCUCUUUCAAGUCCCAUCGCUGGAACUUCUCAUGUUGAAAAGUUCCGUGCAACAUUAUCGUGCUCCAUUAAUCCUCGCCUUCCUCAUCCCUCGGCAUCUGCACACCUAAUGCCUUCAUCAAAUUCCCAGCAGGCCCACUCAUUCCCGCCUGACCUUUGAAUGCUUCGAGCAUAUUCUUCG